AUGGGUGGAAUGGCGGUGGGUGGUGGUGGUGGUGGCUUUGGGGUUUCAGGAGGGAGAGAGGAGCGUGGUUGUGGCUGUGGCUGUGGCUGCGGGAGGGAGAGAGAAGCGACAGAAGAGAAGAAGGGGGAGAUGAAGAAGAAGACGAAGAUGAGAGGAAUAUUGGAGCAACUGGCUUCAAUCAUUACGCAAGAGAAACAACAAGAUGUGAAGCUAGUAGUGGGCGUCGACAAAGAACUUAAAAUGCUGCCCACCAAUCUUGAAGCCAUUCAAGCCGUGCUCUUGGAUGCAGAGAGACAGGUGAAGAAUAGAGCUGUGAGAGACUGGCUUGACCGGCUCCAAGACACGUGCUAUAAUUUAGAAGACGUGUUGGAUGAGUGGAAAAUUGCUUUGUUGAAAUUGCAAAUCGAGCGAGUUCAUGAAAAUGUUCUUGUUCCUAAGAAGGUACCUUUCUUUCCCUUCUCUUGCUUCAAUUACAAACGAGUCCAUUUACGUCAUCAAAUUGCUAGCAAGAUCAAGGAUAUAACUAAAAGUCUAGAUAUCAUCGCCCUAAAGAGAGAAAGAUUUCAUUUUCGUCCGAUCCUGACUACUGAAAAAUUUGAAGAAGUACAGAAUUUCUCCUCAAUAGAUGUGUCUGGUAUAUGUGGUCGAGAUACCGAGAAGAAUGCUCUAGUACGUAAGUUACUUGAGGGGGGUGAACAGGUACGAAACCUCCAUAUUAUCUCAAUCGUAGGUAUGGGGGGAAUUGGAAAAACCACUCUUGCUCGAAUUGCCUACAAUGAUAAUCAGAUUGAAGAAAAUUUUGAUGAAAGAAUAUGGGUGUGUGUAUCCUAUUCUUUUGAUGAGUAUAGGAUUGCUAAAGCAAUCGUUGAAAGCCUAAAAGGUUCAACCUCCGAAGUUGUGGAAUUAGAUUCUCUUUUAAAUAUGAUUCGUGAAUCUAUAGUAGGAAAAAAAUUUCUUCUUGUCUUAGAUGAUGUUUGGACAGAGGAUUAUUCUAAAUGGAAGCCACUCUAUCAUUGUCUGAAGAAUGGUCUCUAUGGAAGUAAAAUUUUGAUUACCACACGUGUGGAGACAGUGGCACGUAUGAUGGAUUCAAUCGACAUUAUCAACAUUAAUCCAUUAUCGGAGGAGAAAUGUUGGGAAUUAUUUAGCAAAAUAGCCUUGUCUGGUAGAACUCGUGAGGAGUGUGAAAAUUUGGAAGAAAUUGGUAGAAAAAUUGUAGGCAAGUGUCGUGGACAACCUCUUGCUGCAAGGAUCGUCGGAAGUCUUUUGCGCUUUAGAAAACAUAGAGAAGAGUGGCUAAGAAUCUUAGAAGGGUUGGAAUUGAACCGGUCUGAUGUUUAUGAACAAGAUAGUUUUUCUCUUCUAUUAUUGAGUUACCAGGGUCUGCCUUCAACGAUACAACAAUGUUUCUCAUAUUGUGCCAUAUUCCCAAAAGGCUACCGUAUAGACAAAGAAAAAUUGAUCAAAUUAUGGAUGGCUCAAGGUUUUCUUGGGUUAGAAAAUAAUACGGACAUGGAGAGAGUUGGUGAAGAAUAUUUCAAUGACUUAGUAACACGAUCGUUCCUCCAAGAUUUUGAAGAAGAUAGUGAUGAUGAAAGAAUUGCCAGAAGUAUUGUGUGA